UUUCCAAGAACGUCCAUGGUGACUUCUGUGAUGAACACCUCACUUGGCCCAGCCGUAUGUCGUAUGUGCCUUUGUGGUGAAACAUCGAUACCAUAUCUUGGGAAUGCUGCAGGAGAACCUCUUAUAUCUCCAUGUCAUUGCAAACGCAAACGUGGGUUCCUGUCGUAUCUUCGCGCCCAUUCGGGAUUCUUAAUAGAUGAUGAGCACGAAAGAAGUUUGGCUAGUGACUUCGCUUGUUUUCUCAUUUUCGCUCCACUGACAAUAGGAGGAUCUGUGCUGUGUAUCAAGAGAAUUAUCGAACGCCUUAGUGUCGCUGAAGAGAAGGACAACUUCGAUGUCGCUUAUGGUGAGUCAUAUAAAAUUCUUACCGUGUUCCUUCCACUUCCACGCAGGACCAACAUGCACACAUUCUUCGAAGGCCCAGUGGCAGGAAAGUCACAGUCCUGA